AUGGAUAAGUGCAACCAAGAAGAGGAGCCCCGUACGGAUAAGUCAUCUUGUGGGCAAGUAUGUGGUGCUCCAAGGAGAGAUUGCAAGCAUACAUGCACUGCUGCUUGUCAUCCAUCGACACCCUGUCCUGAUCUAAGAUGUGGUUUCCCUGUGACAAUCACUUGUUCUUGURGACGAAUAACUGCAACGGUCCCUUGUGAUGCUGGAGGGGGCUUUCACGUGGAUACCAUAUUUGAAGCUUCUGUUAUUCAAAAGUUGCCAGUGCCUUUUCAACCUGUUGAAGCAAAUGGCAAGAAGGUCCCUCUGGGCCAGAGGAAGCUCGUUUGUGAUGAUGAUUGUGCUAAGAUGGAGCGCAAACGGGUCCUUGCAGAUGCUUUCAAUAUUACUCCCUUAAACUUGGAUGCCCUUCAUCUUGGUGAGAACUCCACUGUUUCUGAUCUGCUUGCAGACCUGUUUAGGCGAGAYCCAAAAUGGGUAUUGUCUGUUGAGGAGAGGUUCAAGUUUUUGGUGCUUGGGAAGACUAAAGGAGGUACCACAAGUGGUUUAAAGGUUCAUGUUUUUUGUCCAAUGCUGAAGGAGAAGAGAGAUGCUGUAAGGCAACUUGCRGAGAGAUGGAAGCUUUCAGUUAAUGCAGCAGGGUGGGAGCCAAAGCGGUUCCUAGUGGUUCAUGUUACACCCAAGUGUAAAGUACCAGCUCGAGUUCUUGGAGCCAAGGGUUCUGUUCCUUUAAACGUCUCCCAUCCAUUGGCCUUUGAUCCCUUGGUUGACAUGGAUCCAAGGCUUGUUGUGUCUCUUUUGGAUCUUCCAAGGGAUGCCGAUAUAAGUGCAUUGGUCUUGAGGUUUGGUGGAGAGUGCGAAUUAGUUUGGUUGAAUGAUAAAAAUGCUUUGGCUGUGUUUAGUGAUCCUGCCAGGGCAGCAACUGCUUUAAGGCGGUUAGAUCAUGGUUCAGCAUAUCAUGGUGCUUCUAUGGUUCUUAACAAUGGUGGUGCAUCAGUGUCAUCUUCUGKUGCCAAUGCAUGGGGAGCAACAGGAGUUGCCAAGGAAGGAGCAAUAGUUGCUGGUGUGAAGUGUAACUCAUGGAAGAAGGCUGUUGUGCAAGAACCCAAUUGGGGGRAAGAUUCUUGGGGUGGUGAAGAUUGGUCCCAUGGUGUGACUAAUAUGCAGGUGUCUGUGUGGAAAGGGAAGGAAACUCCAAUUGCUGUUUCAAGCAACCGGUGGAACAUUCUUGAUCCUGAUGCACUUCCCACAUCAGCCACUACCUCCUUGGUUGGACAUGAGGAUAAGAGUAACCAUGGUAUAUCAGGUUCUUCCACGACAGAUCUGGAACCGGAUGCAUGUGGCUCAAAUUCAAUGGGACAUCCUAGAAGGGGUCUUGAUGAAACAGAGCUGUCUGAAGUAAUAGAUGACUGGGAGAAAGCUUUUGAAUAAGAGAGGAUGAGACGUAGGAUACAAGGGAAAAGAAGGAAGUAGAUAUGAGUACCCAGAUGAUCCCUAUGACUGGAUAUAGGAUUUAGACCUAGAUAGAAGACAGAACUAUCUUGUGGGGGUUGCUCCUGGCACAGAAAGAAUCAAUACCUCCAAGAACAUAGACAUAAGAAUGCAUGAAUUCCCACCUGUUAAGGUAAUGCAGACUGCUGUUGUUGGCAACAAAGGGAAACUCAGCUACAGGCUAAAUCUUGAAGGUUUUCCUUCUAAUGCUCGAGCUUAUGCAUAUUUUGCUGAAAUUGAAGAUUUGGCUAAGAAUGACACUCAGAAAUUUAUUAUGCAGCGACUUCGAGUGCCAGGUUAUAACAGUAUCAUAGUAAACAUUAUUGAGAAUUCCAAUGGGAGCUAUACUCUUUAAGAACCCAGCUAUAUGAACAUAUCCCUGGAUUUUGUACUGUCAUUCUCACUUGUCAAAACUUUAGAUUCUACUCGUGGACGACUCCUAAAUGCAAUUGAAAUCAGUAAAUAUGUUCAGAUUGUCCCAAAGACAGAAAGCGAAGAUGGUAAAUCUAUUUAAUGAUUUCAUU